AUGGUUCGAAGCAACUUGCUGUUGUCGCUGCUUGCCGGUGCAGCCUUUGCCGAGGCGGCUCGCCCGGUCAAGAACUUCAUCCCCGGCCGCUUCAUUGUCGAAUUCGAGGACGCCGAGGACUCGACCGAGUUCUCCAGCCAUGUCAGCUCGUUGGGAGAAACCAUCCGGACCUUUGAUUCGUCCAUCUUCAAGGGAGCUUCGAUCAGCUUCAACGAUCUCGCGACGGCGGAAAGCGAGGCCAGCAACCUUAUGUCGCUUCGCAGCGUGAAGAAUGUCUGGCAGCAGCGCUUAUACUCGGUCCCAAACGACGAGGUUAUCUGGACCGGAAACCCGAAUGAGGCCAGCCAAAUCUCCAGGAGGCAGGCAUACAAUGAGUCCGACACCUUCUCGCCUCAUGUCAUGACCCAAGUCGACAAGUUGCGCGCACAAGGAAUUGUGGGCACGGGCAUCAAGGUCGCCGUCAUCGACACUGGCAUUGACUACCGGCACCCUGCUCUCGGCGGCUGCUUCGGCCCUGGCUGUCUCGUCAGCUACGGUUACGAUAUCGUUGGUGAUGACUACACCGGCGCAAACACCCCAAAGCCAGAUGACGAUCCCUGGGAUGGCUGCGCUGGCCACGGCAGUCACGUCGCCGGUAUUAUUGCAGCUCAAGCGAACGAGCUCGGCUUCACUGGUGCUGCCCCUGGAGUAACCUUGGGCGCAUACCGAGUCUUUGGUUGCGACGGAAGCGCUGCCGACGACGUCCUCAUCGAGGCUUACCUGCGAGCGUACGAUGCCGGCAGCAACAUAAUUACGGCUUCCAUUGGCGGAUCUUCCGGUUGGAGUGAAGCGCCCUGGUCUGUUGUCGUGUCUCGUAUCGUUGAACAGGGCGUGCCUUGCACAGUCUCUGCUGGAAACAGCGGCGACUACGGCUUGUUCUAUGCCAGUACCGCAGCAGACGGUAAGAAGGUGACGGCUAUCGCCUCCUUCGAUAACACCCAGUCCCCUGCCCUUCUUGUCACCUCCAACUACUCGGUUGAUGGUGGCGCUGAUCAGCAAUUCGGAUAUGCGCUUGGUGAGCCUGGCGCCUGGGCUGGCGUCAACCUGCCACUAUGGGCUCCCUCCACCAACCCUAACGACACUGCCGGAGGCUGUGCGGCGUAUCCCGCCGACACUCCUGACCUGUCUGGCAAGAUUGUCCUCAUUCGCCGAGGUAGCUGCACAUUCGUGCAGAAGGCUACCAAUGCGCGAGCAUUUGGUGCCAAGUACAUCAUGUUUUACAACAAUGUAGUUGGUGCCACUGCCGCUGCCGCCGCUGUUGAUGGCAUUCUGGCUGUUGGAAUGACAACCGCAGCCACAGGUACAGCAUGGGUGAAGGCCAUUGCUGCAGGUUCGGAAGUCGUCCUUGACAUGCUUGACCCAGAAACUGCCCCCGUUAUUCUGCAGACAACCCCGAAUACUGUCACGGGAGGCUAUGCCAGCACCUACACGUCCUGGGGUCCCACCUUUGAGGCUGAUGUCAAGCCGCAACUUUCGUCUCCCGGUGGCAACAUCCUCUCUACUUACCCCGUGCCUCUUGGGUCUUAUGCCGUGCUGUCGGGUACCUCCAUGGCUUGCCCCUUGGCUGCUGCUGUGUAUGCCCUCGUUGCUGAGGUUCGUGGCACUUUCGACCCGGCGGUUAUCGAGAAACUGCUCUCUUCAACCUCCAACCCGCAGCUGCUCAAUGACGGAACUGGUGCCUACCCAGUUCUUGCCCCCGUCGCCCAGCAGGGUUCGGGUUUGAUUCAAGCAUAUGACGCCGCCUACGCCAGCACUUUGCUAAGCACUUCGAGCCUUGCCUUCAACGAUACGGACAACUUUGUCGAUACGCUCAACUUCACUAUUUCCAACCUGGGCACCGAAGAUGUGACAUAUGACAUUGCAACCGUUGGUGCCGCCACUGGCUACACUUUCUCGACAACGGUGUACCCUGACAAUUUCCCCGGCGUCGAGUUUGACGACACCUUUGCCACGCUUGAGUUCAGCGAAGCGAAGGUCACUGUCGCAGCCGGUGCCAGCUCGGUCGUCCAGGUCACUGUCACCCCUCCGGCUCUUGACGCAAAGCGCCUGCCCGUGUACUCUGGCUACAUCACUCUCAAUGGCACCAACGGCGACAGCUUGUCUCUGCCGUACCAAGGCAUCGUCGGCAGUCUCCACAGCACCACCGUGCUCGCCGAGGCUUACCUUGCUGGUUCCACUGAUACAAACCUGGCCCCCAUCACCUCCGGCAACACCAGCUUUACUCUGUACAAGACCAACUCCAACACCACCGCCGCUGUCCAACCCGUUGCGGUCGCUGACCUGGCUUUCGGUUCACCCCUCGUCAAAUACGAGGUCCUCUCCGGCAACUCGAGCUUGGGCGAGAUCUUGGGCUCCCCAAUCUACUACGCCUCCCGGGACCCCCACGGCGCUGCGUGGAACGGUACCUUGGCCGAUGGCAGCUAUGCGCCUGCCGGAACGUACAAGUUCCAGAUCUCGGCUCUGCACAUCUUCGGCGACGCUAGCGACAAGUCGCAGUACGAUGUUGGGACAACCUCUGAGUUCACCAUCUCCUACGCGUAA